AUGAUAAUGAGUGCUUCUUUCACUUUUGCAGUCGAGUUAAAACGAAGAGAUUUACCAUAUCACAGAGAAAUGUGGAAAAUAUUGAAAAAUGUUUAUAACAUUCGUUCAUUAAGAACAAAUCAGCUAGAAGCCAUUAAUGCUGCCAUGACGCAACAUGAUUGUUUUAUUCUGAUGCCAACUGGUGGGGGAAAAAGCUUGUGCUUCCAGCUGACUGCACUUAUGGGUGCUGGAGCAAGUUUUGUUAUUUCACCUCUCAGAUCCCUUAUUCAAGAUCAAGUACAAAGACUUCAGUCAAUGAAGGUAAAAUGCAUAUGAUAACAGUACCAUACUUUUCGUGACAAUACUUUAAUACCUCAGUGUAAAAAUUAACCAAACGCAGUCAGCGUUUAACCGUUCCGCGCCAUUUUCUUUCAUUGUUUCCUCGUUUUCCGACGUACGAUUUUAAAAGUCCCGCAUAUAUCGCAACUUUCUUGGCGAUGUACCUGGCUGUAUCAGUGUUCACCCACUCCACCCCUGGAGCAAUGUUGGUUUCUUUACCUAAACUUGCGGUUGAAUUUCAACCGAGGUCAGAGGAAAAAUGGUGGCUUCUGUAUUGGAUGAGAACUUCUAAAAUUUAGAGGACUUUGUAGACAAAUCCUUAUUUAAUUCAGUUUUAAAGUACUUUCACACUGAUUGUUUUAUUUACAGGAAUAAGACUGAUCUCUAACACAGGCAUUUUCUUGUGUGCUGUACAUCAACUCUACAAUUCGUGCAAUAAUUCAGCUAGCACGUCAGCCUUUAAGUCAACAAUCCAUGUACCCAUUCAACGAGCGAGUUCGAAACUUGCCGUCUUUCUUUAAGAUUUUCUUGCUCGUCAAAAGAUGUUCCUUUUAUGGAAUAAGUUCUCUUUAGCCAUGUCCCUUUCUGUCGCCCCCUCACUUGGAGCCAUAUGACAGCUCUAAUGAUUUCAUAUUGUUUAGUUUAGAGCCAGAUCUCAGUUGUUGCCCCUACCCACAAAGUAAUGAAUCUCUCAUAUGUCUUACAGUAGUAAUUUUUUCACAGCUGCCUGCUGUUCACUUGCUGGGUGAUGCAGGAAGUGCUUCAACUAGACACCUGAACUCUGUAUAUCAGGAUUUGUCUCUCAGAAAUCCAACUAUCAAGCUUGUGUAUGUUACCCCAGAGAAACUCUCAGCCAGUGAGAAACUUGAUUCUGUUAUGAAGAGUCUGUAUAAUCGUGGACUGCUCGAUAGGUGAGUUAAAAAGGGAACAUUCUUUCCCCGCUGCUUACACUACGGUAGUGUCGGUUAAUUAUCGCCAUUCAGCGCCCAAAGCUGCCACCGUUCUGGUCACCAUGGCGACUAGAAAAACUUUGGCGAAUAAAUUUGCACCCUAAGUCGCCAAGUUUGCAACCUGUUUUCGAUGGUAAUGUCGCAAGAGUUAACGUUUAAUAACUUUUUGUUGUUGUUGCCUAAAGCCAAAAUGAUAUUAACUCUUUCAAGGUAUAAAACACGUUGACUGUCGUUUUCUAUAAAAAUGUGCCACACUCUCGUUGGUUUCCCGAGUAUUUGGCCUUGAUAUGUCGCGUAAAUCUUCAACUGAAAACGAAUGCCAGCCAUACCGCUUUUUAUAAAGGCAAUCGGUGUGGUUUGUUGUUUUGUCCAUCAUAUGAUAUUUUACAAAUUUCUGGUAAACAAAAUUUUAUUCUGGUGAACAUUUUUCAAUUUUAGGCCAUCAAAGGGCUACUUUGAGAAACAGUUAGCUUGGAGCCCUGCCAUUAUAGAAGAGGGGGUGUGAGAAGCAUACGCACAAUUAGCGUGCUUGUUUUUUUGUAUUAGAACAUAACUGAUUCCAUCUCCAUUUCUUCAAAUCAAUGAUAGACUCUAUUCCGCUAACAUAUAAUGACUGUUGAUAGGAUUGUGAUAGACGAGGCCCAUUGUGUGAGUCAGUGGGGACAUGAUUUUCGCCCAGACUACAAGAAGCUGUCAGUGUUAAGAAGCAAGUUCCCUAGAGUUCCCUUUAUGGCUCUCACUGCUACUGCUACACCACGCGUUCAAAAGGACAUAUUGCAUCAGCUGAAGAUGACAAAACCAAAAUGGUACGUUCAAUGGAGCUUUGCAUGCAAUGCUUUUUAGUCAGAAAGGUAAUACAUUUUACACAGAUUCGGCGGGGUUUAUGUUCUCGUUACCAUCCAACUCAGAUCAGGUGAUGAUUAACUCGGGAGGUUACAGUGGUUUUUUUCGUUCCUACUCCCAUUGCUCAGCUGCCUUUGACAGACUGUACAAUGAUGACUUCUCAAUUGUAAGGAAACUCAGGAAGUUGCCACCUAAAAAAUUAUGUUAACCUUUUAACUUGGAAAAAUGUUUUUUCCAAGAAGGAUUUCGUAUGCUACUUAACAGAUAAUCAUCUUUUCACCCAAAAAGACAGAAAAGUGACCUUGCCGAAGCUUAAACCCAGACCUCCCAAUCUAGGAUGUAAUACGCCGACUUUUAAGCUUGCGCGUCUUCUCUUCUCUCGUGUAUAAAUUUACCUUGGCUAAGACUAGACGUAAAGGAACGAAUAUCACUUGCAUGUUCUAAAAUGAUUUUAACCCUUCAACCCCCAAAACUGACCAUCACCUACAUGACUGAUUUCUCCUUACAGUAUCACCCUUGAAUCACACAUUAAGGUCAUGAGAAUAAAGGAAAUGAUCACCAACUAAACAACCUCUUGAUUGUUAGACAAAUUCUCCUGGUGAGCACCUUAAGAAUGUAUAGAGAAUAAUACGGAGAAUAUGCAUACUGAUGUUAGGGUAUGAAGGGUGAACAAAAGAUGAAGUUCAAUCAUUUCUUAGUGGAUAAUUUAGCGAGGUUGUGCGUGAUAAAAUUACUGUUCACUGUAUGGUGCUAAACGUUAGAAGUCAAAAAAGACUGCAUGACAUGAAGAAGAUCCUGACAAGACGAACUUGAUUGUUGUAUAUAGGGUUUCGAAAAUUUCUGUUAAAAUCUUGUUAUUAACAGUAAGCAGGUGAAAAGGUCUCCUAAAGAAUUCUUAGUAAGUCUCUUGCCUUAAAUAACAGGUUUACCCAAACUUUCAAUCGUCCUAACUUGCGUUUCAUCGUGAAACCGAAAAAGAAAGUCAUGGAAGAAAUACUGCAGUACAUAAAGACAAAGCAACCUGUCUCUUCUGGAAUUGUCUACUGUCUUUCCAGGUUGGUAUUUUAAAAAAUGUAGUCGACGAUCCACCAUUGAUCAGUAUCAGUAACCUGAAUUGAACCCUUCAUUUCUUGUUAUGAGAAAGCGCUACCUUGUUGACAUGACUAAUAACAAACAAACGUAUUGGUAACCGAGCUUCUAACCCUGGCCAAUCGGAAUCUUUUAGAGCUAGCUUGUCAUCAUUUUACUGCAUCUAAAAUCAAAACGACUUCAAAUCAAAAUGAACACGAACCUAGUGUGUAGCUCAGCUACCACGGGUUGGCUGUGGCUCAGUAGUUGGCCAUUCGAACUCGCAAUCGGUGACAGAUUCAACCAUCGCUAGGAACUCUCGUAUUUCCUUUUUCAGAGCAUGUAACUUCGACUAGAAAAAUAGUUCUUUUAACCGGUUUACAGAAACCAUCGCUCUUAUCUGAAGAAUGUCGUUGUAAAUGUGCCCUUCAAUAUCUUUUUUUCCUUUGCUAAGAAAUGACUGUGAGCGUGUGGCAGACUCUUUAAAUGAAGCUGGCAUCAAAGCAAUAGCGUAUCAUGCAGGACUUUCAGAUGACCAGAGAACACAGUGUCAGGAGGCUUGGAUCAAUAACAGAUACAAGGUUAGUUACAAUGUGCCGUAGUGAAGAUUGUCGCCUUAAAACUUAGUAGUAGAAAUGUGGUAAAGUUCAUUAUUUGAAUCUCAUAAAACUGAUUUAUUGAAGUUCUCUAGGUUUAAGGCUAUGGCAACGUAUCCGUUUUUCUCUGUACACAAACGCAAACUCUUUCUGUCAUUUCGAGUCCCAUGGGCAAUUUAAAAUAGGAUUUCGUGUCGUAAUUUGUGAAAGGAAUGGAGACUUCACAACUGAAGUUACGUGUUAAUGUCGUCGAAAUGCGAAUACUAAAAUACAUUUGAACCCCCUACAAGAUAUGGUAUGGUUAACUUUUUUCAUUACUGUAGUGUAGCAUUGCGCUCUUACCCUAUAUGCAUAUUAUUGAACUUUGUCGUGGUUAGAAAUUAUUGAAAAAAAAAUCACUUACUCUCGUUUAGGUGGUGUGUGCAACGAUUGCGUUUGGUAUGGGAAUUGACAAGGCUUCUGUGAGAUAUGUGAUUCACCAUUCAAUGCCUAAGUCACUUGAGGGUUACUAUCAAGAGUGUGGACGGGCAGGGCGAGAUGGUCAACUGGCUGAAUGUAUCUUGUUCUAUUUAUAUGGUGAUACCAACAGGAUAAAGAGGUACUUAUUUGUUUCAAUAAGAUUCUGAUAUCAACUCCUCCAAUUGAUGGAGUUGAAAUUAUGACGUGAAAAACAGCGUGCAAGUGACUGCAAAAGUUGCUCAGAAUGGUAGGCAUUGAAGUCUUCAUUCACCGUUAGUUAAGCUAUUGACAGCCUGUCAAUUCACUUGAGGUGAUUUGGUGACGAAAAAGUCAACCUGCAUUUUAUCUGUGAGGGUAUUAAGAUGUAAAUUUGAAAGCAAAAUGACUAAAGUAGACCUCUGUUUUGUGUGUUAUUAAUGUUGUCUGCAAGCACAUCCCUCCUACAGACCUCUGAAGUUCCUAUUUGUAGUUAGGUUCACACCUACCGUGUGAUAUGUAAAAUUUGAACAACCAUUUGGAGUCCAGUCAGUGCAUACAUCGUCUACUGCGCAUUGUGUUUGAGUGUCACAAAACAAACUCAAAGCGUAAGUAACUACGAUAGCCAAUCAGAACAAAGGUAGGUAUCUCAAAGAGCCAGUGAGAAGUUCACGUAAAAACACAAACUGCGUAAAGUGCAGGAAAACCUAAGUGACCAAGUCGUAACUGGCUGUAGUUUUGCAUCUGAUUGGUGAAGAGAACGACGCGAGUUUUUUGGGCAAAAGACACCCAACGUAAUUAUUAGUUUCUCUUGACACACAGGUCAGUUUAUAGAUUGGCAGUAACGAAUUGAACACAGUUUAGGUUGUUAUUUACUCUUUCUGUUGUCCGUGGUCUCUUAGGAUGAUCCAGAACAACAGCGACAGGACAGCUGACAGCAAACAGGUGGACAUGGACAAUCUUUUUCGUGUGGUGCAGUACUGUGAGAACGUCUCCGAGUGUAGGAGAGUUCAGUUGUUACAUUACUUUGGCGAAAUGAGUUUUGAGCCGUCCCAGUGCCGUGCUCAGCCAGAAAGCAUGUGUGACACCUGUGCUACUUCUGCAACGUUUGAGAAUAAGGAAAUUACGUCUGAUGCGAAGGCAUUUGUCGAAAAUGUCAACUCCAUUGUCCAUGGCGGAAACAGGAACUGGAGGAAACCUGUUAAGAACUUUACGUUAAACCAUUUUAUCGACAUAUUUAAGGCAAGUUCGAAAUGGCAGUCUGGUUGUGUUUUCUGAACGUAAAGAAAAGGGGUACUACUUUCCUUGGCGAGGCUUCAAAAUUUUGUUGACUCUCUCUCCGCGUUACAAUCUGAAAUAUAUUUCUCUGUUUUCUUGUAAGUCAAAAACUAAAGGGGAACUAAGGGUCUAAAUGUUGCAAAGAUAAACAGCCGUUAAGAUAUUUCUUUCUUGAAAUAUCGUCAGACUUGUGAAGUCAAACAUGCGUCCAUUAUUAAAGAGGUUUACCUUCUUUUUUACUUUUCCUUGGUAUGAUAUGUAUUUAACAUGCAAUUGAUGGAAAGUUGUCCCAUUUCUUUUUUUAACAGUGUUUUCGAAUUGCCACUUGGCGUAAUUGUGUUGUCCGUUUUAAUCCUAUUGCAACGCCUAUUGGAGAGAGAAAAAAGUUGUCACUUUCUCUCAAAACUGUUAUCCGAAUCGCGAGACACAACACCUGGUGGAUAUGUAGUUGUGAUGUCUGUUCGUCCUAAUUUUUGUUAAAGCAAUCUAUUUCAACAGUUCAACAAUCCACUACCUUUUUCACGCAAGUCUAUAUACAUGAACUUUCUCGUCACCUUGCAGGGUUCAGGUGGUUCCCGUGUGACGUCUGAAGGUCACGACAGAUGUUCCCUGUAUGGUCUGGGAAAAUCCUACCAUAGAAAUGAUGCAGAAAGACUAGGCCAUCUAUUGAUCUUACAACGUGUGCUUGCGGAACAUAUCAUGAUUGGUAACCAUGACAAUGUCCUCAGCUAUGUCAAGUUAGGACCCAAGGCUUUAGAUUUCCUUCAGGGUCGCGUAAAGGUAAUGUUUGUAGUUUUUGGCAUGAUAUUUAGAAUUGUAUGAUAAGCUGAAUUAUCCACGUAUUCUGAGUGGUUCUUACUUAUGAUCUAUUUGAGGACACAAACACAGAUUAUACAAAACAAAUACGUUUCCGUGUUGCUAUGCGACUUUUCAGUAAACACCGAGAAACACCGAUGACGGCAAAGUGAAGUAAGAACAUCAGUGACACACUCGGUUGCGCCCCUUGGGCCACUUUUUUGUUCUUACUAGAUUUUGACAUCAUCUGUGAUCUAUUACUGAGCACAGGCACGGCAGCAUGGAAUUUCUAUGUUUAUUACAUUGUUAUGAUUGGUGGAAUCUUUACUCAUUUUCGCGGAUUCCUACCUCCUCCCUCCUCCUUCCACAUCUUUCCGAUUCCACUAAAUAGAAUCCGUAGCAGGAUAAAAAGCGUUCACCUACAAAAUUCCACAAGCUGCGCAGGAACGUAAGUUUAUCACUCCUUUGACAGCGAAAUCGUAAAAUUACUAACUCAUUUUUUACGAUUUCACGCCAGGUAACAAUUUAAGUCAAUUAGAUUUUGACAUCAUCUGUGAUCUAUUACUGAGCACAGGCACGGCAGCAUGGAAUUUCUAUGUUUAUUACAUUGUUAUGAUUGGUGGAAUCUCUACUCAUUUUCGCGGAUUCCUCCCUCCUCCUUCCACACCUUUCCGAUUCCACUAAAUAGAAUCCGUAGCAGGAUAAAAAGCGUUCACCUACAAAAUUCCACAAGCUGCGCAGGAACGAAAGUUUAUCACUCCUUUGACAGCGAAAUCGUAAAAUUACUAACUCAUUUUUUACGAUUUCACGCCAGGUAACAAUUUAAGUCAAUUAGAUUUUGACAUCAUCUGUGAUCUAUUACUGAGCACAGGCACGGCAGCAUGGAAUUUCUAUGUUUAUUACAUUGUUAUAAUUGGUGGAAUCUCUACUCAUUUUCGCGGAUUCCUCCCUCCUCCUUCCACACCUUUCCGAUUCCACCAAAUAGAAUCCGUAGCAGGAUAAAAGGCGUUCACCUACAAAAUUCCACAAGCUGCGCAGGAAUGAAAGUUUAUCACUCCUUUGACAGCGAAAUCGUAAAAUUACUAACUCAUUUUUUACGAUUUCACGCCAAGUAACAAUUUAAGUCAAUUAGGGAGACGGUGAGGAGACUGAAUCACUAACAAGGUCACUUGACUAUUCAGUCCCCUUGCCAGUUACUCUGUCCAAAUGUGUCCUGUUUUUUAAUUGUUUUGCGUUAGAAAUAACACCAAAAAAGUUUGUUCUUAAAAUUGUUUUCCUUUUUUGGGGGAUCAGCUACCUCCCUUGCCCGUUAGAGAAAAGGAGAAGACUGUCAGUAAAUCUAAACGGAAGGAAUUAAUGGAUCAAACGUCAGGCAGUAACUACACCAGCUCAGAUUACACGACUGAUACAGGAGACACUUAUGAUGAGAGCGCCAACCACUCACAUUACUGGAAGCAGGAUGAGAAGGCUCCUGUCGGUCGGAAGAGGAAACGAAAACCGGCCGGCUCGACAGCAAGGUAAUAAUCAAUAGUAUGGUCAACUCAUCGAUUGACUCUCCUGACAUUUAUUUUCGACAGCUCACAUAAGCGUGGUAUACCCCUUCGAAUAAAUCAAGUCAAAGCUUAAAUACAAACACGGAGAAAUUAAAUAUCAUUAUUUUUCUUAAGUUACUUCCAGAAAUACUUAGGUAGGACCUCGUAAAAAACAGCAUUUAAAACAGAUGAGUUUGUCUCUUUUUUGUAUAUUUCCCUGGGAAGUUUCCAGUUGUCCUCUUUCAUCUUCAAAUAUCUUGAACGUGGUCUAUUCUUAACAUAGUCCCACAAUCAAUUAUUUCGUUAUGUGAUAGGAGAAUUAUAAAUCUCAGUUUUUAAAAAGCCAUUUAGUAACCUUAGUAUGGAAAAGUGGUUUUAACAGCAAGACACUGUCACAAGUCGUGUAUGAUAAGAAAUUUGCGACUUUUCAGAAAAGUUGAUCAAUCGAGUCUUAUUUCGGUCUUUGCUGUUAUCAGGUCCAACUCAACGUCAGGACCAAGCAAAGGUACCUUCUCCUCCGCACAGCAGGGAAAGAACAACUUGAAAAAGUUUCGCCGAAACAAUUCUGAAACAAGCUUUAAUCGUAAAGGGACUGCUCCCGGGAAUCAGAGGAGUGGCCUUGCUCUUAUGGCACCUCCUCAGCCAGCAAAGCGGUUUACAAAGUGACAUAAAACAGAUGGGUUGGAAGAGGAAUGUAUUCAUGAGGUAUUUAAACAAACCUCACUCGGGGCGGUGGCAGUUAUGCUACACAAAUGCGAUGCCAAUGAUUCAUUUGGACAUUAUGUUGUGUGGCGAGAUGUCCUGAAGACUUUGCACAAUGCACGCUACACCUAGUUAUAGGGUCAAUGGCAAUAUAACUUGGAAGUUCUUCGAUAGAUUGUUUCAUUUCUCUCACUCUUCCAGAAUAAAAAGAAAAAGGCGC